GGUCACCUACCCGCGGGCCAGCCGGACGAACCGUAUAUAAGGCGGCGUGCCCGGAGUCAAAGAGCCGUCGGAGCAGCAGCGCUGCGCGCACCGCGCUGCAAGCGCCCGCUCCUUAUUGGCCAGGGAACUCUGUGCCUGCCAUCCGCGUCCCCACUGCAUCGCAGUCUCUGUGCCACCUUUUUAACCGCGCCUCACGACCCCUCCGGAGGUGCCAUGUGGAGAACGAAGAACGGGCGUGCUGUGGCCCGAGCCCUGGUCCUGGCCACUUUGUGGCUGGCCGUGGCUGGCCGUCCUCUGGUUCCGCAAACCCUGACUUUGUCCAAUGACGACCCACUCGUUCUCUACGGUUGGGGCAAGAGCACCCGCCUGCAGUACCUGUACGUCGCUGGUCCCCACAUCUCCAACUGCUUCCUGAAUAUCCGUAGCGAUGGCUCCGUGAACUGCGAGGAUGAACAAAACGAGCGAAGUUUGCUCGAGUUCCGCGCGGUCGCUCUGAAGACGAUUGCCAUCAAGGCGGUCAGCAGCGUGCGGUACCUCUGCAUGAGCGCGGACGGCAAGAUACAGGGGCUGAUUCAUUACUCGGCGGAAGACUGCACCUUCAGUGAGAAAUGGGACUCUGUAAGUUUCAACCAGUACAAAUCCCCAAAUCACCACCUCUAUGUCGUCCUCUUCAGGAACAAAUACAGGCAACGGCUCCAGGACAAAAACCCCUCAAACUUUCUUCCUGUGUUUCCCCGGUUCUUGGAAGCCAGAGACCAGCUGGAGUCAAAAAUGUUGUCUCUGAUCGUGGAUUCCGACAACAUGGAUCCACUUGGGAUAAUGGAGGACAUGGAGAUAAACAGCCCCAGCUUUCAGAAAUGAUGGGGUUCCGACAGGAGGAACACCCCACUGUCCCAUGAACUUCCCCUUGGGAAGAUGUGCCAGAAGCUGUACAUAUUCUAAGUCUCGUAUUGACCAUGUGUGGUUCUAGUGGCUAGACUUGAUCAUGAGCCUAAACUGACCACCUGCCUAGCUGCCAUCUGAGCCCCACUGAUUAGGCGGCUGCUGACUGUGGCUAGGUUACUCCAGUUCUGUUUGAAUACCUCCACUCAUGGGGACCUUAUUCCUAUGAAACGUUUCUGUGAAUCUGUGUGAUUAGGACAUUUUCAGCAGGCCAGCCAGAAGAUGUGAAGUCAUUUAAAAUUCAUGUGCAGGAGGUGGGCUCUGAAGUAAUGUGUUGACUGACUGGACCUUGUGGGGUCUCAACUUGCCCCCAGUUGUCUCUUGGCUACAACUGCCGGGAGGAUCACAAGCUUGGAGCAAAGGGCAGCUAGGAAAACCUUGGGAGCCUUGCAGGAUGGUUUUGGAAUUAAGAAUUCCAGCUGACCACUUAAUUCCCUUUUCCCCCACAUCUCGAUGUCAGAUGGACAUCUAGGCUCAGGAGUGGAUUCCUCAGCUGAGUGGGUAACUAAACUGCCACUUGAAGCCCAGUAGCUUGUCUUGGUCAUGAGCCUCUAGACCUGGCCAGGUCACACCCCUUUUCGAAGCUCACCUGGGCUCUCCAACCCCAGAGCAUAGAGCACAUGGGCCAUCUACUUGUGCCUUUUGCCCCCAGCUCCUGACUCUUGUCCCUGGUCAUCAAGCAUUAUGUGGAUCAGUAUGUCACCCGCUGCCUGUAUCAACUUGCACCCCUCAUUUGCAAACAACAAGAUUAGGAAACCCUAAAUUUUUCAGCAACUGCAGGGGAGAUGUGGAAUCCUUUCCACAGCACUUACUCGGCAGUGUGAUAUUUAUAAGUAAUUUAUUUUGUAUACAUCUCUUAUUUUCUUACUUUAUUUAUGCCCCAGAUCAUAUUUAUGUACAUGACAUUUGUUUUCUACAUUAAAAAGGAGUUGGUUUGUAUCAAAA